AGACGUAUGACAUGUAUUUAUAGAUUUAAUACAAACAGCAUUUUAAUAAUAUGGCGUACGUGUUAACUACUUGCGAGUAGUUUAUUUAGUCUUGGAUACUGUUGCAAUUUUCUAUCGAAAGUGCCGAACGUAAAGUCGGUAUUUUAUUCAGCUGUUGUGGGAGAGUCAUGGCGUCUUACAGUAAAUUGUCAGAUCUUUUCCCCAUUCAGAGCCAGCUAGACUAUGAUUUAGAGGACGCGACGACUCAAAAAGAGAAGGCAAAUCUCGUACAUCAGUAUUUACACAAAAUAGACGAAAAGGACGAUUUAAUUAUACCGGAUUUUGAAGAAGGACUGGAAUGGUUGAACACAGACGGGCCUCUGUCACUCAGGAAGGAACUGUCGGGCAAAGUGGUGGUGCUUGACUUCUUCACCUACUGCUGUAUAAACUGCAUGCACCUACUUCCUGAUCUACACCAGUUGGAGCAAAGUUACACCAUAGAAGAUGGUCUGGUAGUCAUAGGUGUGCACUCUGCUAAAUUCCCCAAUGAGAAAGUCCUACAGAACGUACGCAGUGCGGUGUUGAGAUACGACAUCACCCAUCCCGUAGUGAACGACAGCGAUGCCCGUCUGUGGCAGGAGCUGGAGGUGUCCUGCUGGCCCACGCUAGUGGUGCUGGGACCCAGGGGAAAUCUGCUUUUCUCCCUGGUGGGUGAAGGCCAUCGAGAACAGCUCUUCCUUUUCACUGCGGCCGCCCUCAAUCACUACAGAGAACAAGGACUGCUCAAGGACCAUGAUGUGGGAAUCAAACUCUAUAGAGACUCCCUGCCCCCCUCCAUCCUCUCUUUCCCUGGGAAAAUAGCCAUGGACCCCAGCAGCAAGCAGUUGGCUAUUGCCGACACAGGACACCACAGGGUACUGGUGGUCUCCCAUACUGGGCAGCUGCUGCACACAAUAGGGGGUCCCUCAAGUGGGAGACGAGAUGGAAAUUUGUCUGAGGCACAGUUCAGCUCCCCACAAGGGGUGUUCAUAAAGGGGGACACGGUCUACGUGGCUGACACUGACAACCACCUUGUUAGAAAGAUCAACCUUUCAGAAGGAAUAGUCUCGACCUUAGCUGGCAUUGGUGUUCAAGGCACAGAUAAAGAAGGCGGAGCACCGGGACCACAACAGCCAAUAAGCUCUCCCUGGGACAUUGUCCUUGGCAACGCAGGUGGGGAUGUAUUGUGGAUAGCCAUGGCAGGAACGCAUCAGAUCUGGGCUCUCUUCCUGGAGGACGGGAAGCUUCCCAAAGGGAGUGACAGCAAAAAAGGAACAUGUGUGCGCUUUGCGGGCAGUGGGAAUGAGGAGAACAGAAAUAACGCAUACCCUCAUAAAGCGGGUCUGGCCCAGCCAUCAGGCCUGGCUCUUGCCCUGACUGAGCCCUGGGAGUGUCUCUUUAUCGCUGACAGCGAGAGCAGCACCAUUCGUAGCCUUUCACUGAAGGAUGGAGCAGUCAAACAUGUGGUGGGAGGAGAAAGAGAUCCUCUGAACCUUUUUGCAUUUGGAGACGUUGAUGGAAAAGGCAUAGAUGCAAAACUGCAGCAUCCAUUAGGAGUGUCCUGGGAUGAGGGCAGCAGCCUCCUCUAUGUAGCAGAUUCAUACAAUCACAAGAUCAAAGUGGUGGAUCCGAAGACUAAGCAGUGCAGGGUGCUUGCAGGCACAGGGAAGGCUGGGAACGGACUUGGCCCGAGCUUUCUGGAGUCCAGCUUCAAUGAACCCGGAGGCUUGUGUCUGGGUGAAGGAGGAAAGCUGCUGUAUGUGGCAGACACUAACAACCAUUGCAUCAAAGUCCUGGACCUGGAGACCAAAACAGUCUCUUUGUUUCCCAUUGUUGUUAUGCAAGAGGUCGAUUCUGUCCUCACAACUGCCACUAGCAGCACACCUGUGGUCAGAAAGCUUCCUAAACUUCCAAAAUCAGCCCCAGUCCUUACAAUGCCAUCGCUCACAGUUCCUUCAGGGCAGUCAGUCACUCUUCUUCUGAAAUUGGCACUACCGACUGGGACCAAGCUGACCGAAGAAGCGCCUAGUUUCUGGAGCUUAUCUGCAGAAGGUAAUGAGUGGUUACUGGAAGGGCAAGCUGUAACCGGGAGCAUCAGUGAUCUCUCUCAACCUAUCUCGAUCGUCUCAUCCAUCCCAGCAUCCCCUGCAUCCACAGACCCCACACUGACACUCGACGCCUGGGUUUACUGCUGCCUUUCUGAGGGCGGGGCUUGUAUGAUGAAGGCAGUGUCCUUCAAACAGCCUCUUCUGAUUGGUUCCACAUCUCUGGAAGGUUCUGUUGCUGUGACGCUUGAGCACGCCUUUUAAAAGAAGUGUCCACCCAAAGGAUCUUGGAGCACAUUUAAAGGGAUACUUUACCAAAGGUGAAAAUUCUGUCAUCGUUUACUCAACGUAAUGUCAUUCCAAAACUGUCUGAACUUCUUCAGUGGAACACAAAAGAUAAUGUUUUGUAGAAUCCAAAGGAUAAACGUUUUGGUUCAUAAUGACUUGCAUUGUAAGGACAAAAAUGACAAAGGGAGUCAGUGGGAAUCCAAACUGUUUGGUUACCAAAAUUAUGGAGAUUAUUUUCCUUUAUGUUCCUCAGAAGAAAUAAAGGUUUGAGGCUGAGUAAAUGAUGACACAAUUUUAAUGUACAUUUUUGGGUCAUCCAAAAAUGAAAAUUUGUGUUUUCUCACAUUUAUGUCGUUCCAAACCUGUAUGACUUUCUUCUGUGAAACACGGAAAAAAUGUAGAACGGUGACUUCUUUUUUUUUUUCAUACCUUAAAACCAUAUAUAAUUGUGAUAUUUGAGGUUGUUUUGUAUAGAAGCCUGGUUUUCUGUUGUUAUAUAAAAGAUGAAGGUAAUUGCUACUCAAACUUAUUUAUUUACUUAAAAUUCUGAGAAAAAUAAUUCUGAAAACAUCGUAAUUGUGAGAUAUAAACUCAGAAUUCAUACUUUAUUCUUGUAAUUCUGUUUAUACCUCCUAAUUUUGAGUUUACAUCUUGCAAUUUAGUUUGUUUGUUUUUUCCCUUAACUUCUUAUCUUAGUUUCUCAAUCUCUUUUUCUCGCACAAUUGUGAGUUUAUGGCCUGGUUUCACAGAAGGGGCUUAGACUAAUCCAUGACUAGGCAAUAGUUAAAUUAGGACACUUAAGUAAUUUUUAAUAAAUGUGCCUUGGAAAAAACAUUACCGGUGUGCAUUUUGAGGCAAAACAGAGGCACUGAUAUAUUUUAAGAUCAGUCUGUAAAAGUUUAUUUCAGUUAAAACAUCUUAGACUUACACUUCAGUCUUGGACUAGGCUUAAGCCUUGUCUGUGAAACCGGGGGUAUAUAUUUGCGGUUUUCUUGCAAAUCUCACAGAAUUGUGAGAUAUGACCUCAGUUGCAACAGGAAGAAAGUCACAAUUACAUUUUUUUUUUUUUUUUUUUUUUUGGACCACACUGACACUCAUUAUAUGGACAAAAAUAUAUUUUUCCUCCUUUUUGUGUUCCAAAGAAGAAAAAGAGAAUGACAUGGGGAUGAGAAAUAAUUUUUUAGGUGAAUUUCCUAUUAACAUUCAAAUCACAUCCCGCGGUUAACACAUACUGUAGUAAUCAGACACUUCACAUUCCAAGUGCUAAUUGUAGAGACAGGAUCUGACUGUUAAAUCCUGACAAAUACUGAACAAAGUGCCUUAUUCUCAAUAUUUCCUGUGGUUCAGCUACGGGUGAUUCACAUGAUUAAGCUUGUGUGAUGUCUUUGUCAAAUAGCCUGAUAUCAUUAUCAGCCAUCUUCAUUCAGUCACUCACAUGCUCUCACACAAUAAUAUUUGAAGUAAUGCUGUGUAGUGUAAAAAUGUAGCCAGUUUCAGCUGCUCUGACAGCCCUCCAUGGUUGGGUUGGCUGAUAAUAUUAUUAUUUCCCGCACUUUCUUUUCUUAACCAUUUACCAUAACCCAGUCUUUUAAAUGAGCAGUCAGACUCAAUGCUAUUUAAUUGGCGUUAUUUAUUAUUGCUUGCCAAGCUUAAGUGCCUUUUCAAUGAGCAGUACACUUUAUAUGAAUGGGCUAUGUGUUAGUAAUUUAGCGGUGACAUAAAUUUCAGUGUUCAAUCUUUUGGGAAUCAUGUGCUAUUUACAUCUACAUAUUCAUGUUUUCUGAAAUAAUAGCCUCUUGGUGCAGUUAAGCAUUAACAAUGGAACUACAAUGUAUUGCUGAUACAUCAUGUGCUUACAGAGUAUGAGUGUGAAUCAGACCUGGUGAUUCUUCUAGACACUGUGUAGAAAUGGCCUCUAAAACUGUUCUGUUGCUGUUUUUGCUUGCUUUUCCUGAGGCAGGAACCCUAGCCCAUAAACUAUUUAAUAAAAACACAAUUUAUCUCUC